CAACUCGCUUCGAACCACAAUUCCUGCAUGAGGCCGUCAUACAAGUUGUCCACACUGAUUGGUGGUGAAACAGCUGCGAGUGCAGCUCGGGAUCCUAAUGUGAGCUCCGCCAUUUGAGUAUUGCAGCUCAGGUACGUACUGUGCAGGUCAUCGGGUCGCAAUUGCAUUUGUAGUCUAUUGCAGUACAUAGACCUCUACAGCCGCCAUCAUUACAUUACACUACAAUACAUGGGCUACCAUCCGUCUGUACCCUUCUUGCACUGUUGGCACUUCCAAUCCAAAUCUGCUGCUAGACACCUUGCUUGCUCUCCCACUUGAACAUCUCCCACGCCAUUAUCGCAGCUAUGAGUGACGAAGAUUACGACUUUGGGAACGAGUUCCAAGCUGUCUUCAUUCCGAAGCAGAAACCCCCACCUGAACCCAUCGUCACAGGCGAAAUGGGGGCAACAGUCUCCAGCUAUCCACCACUAGGACAGGUGACCCAGCUCAAAGACGGUAACAUCAAGUUCACCGUGCUCCUGGAAGUCGAGGAUAAAGAUGCAAAUGAACCAUGGGAACUCGCUGUCUGGCACAACUCCCAUGGGGGCGACUGGGCCGAGACUGCCUUAUCCCCCUUGAACAGAGGGCCCGCGCCCACUUCGUUGCAGAACACCCCCGGGCAGAAGACACGCCUGUACUUCACCACCUUGCUAUCUGUUGCAGACACGCUCAACUUCACACUCAAGUUCCGUGGCUCUUCCGAUAGGGAGUGGAGAUGGGUCAAAGACGAGCAGAGUAUCGGCGAUGGUGCCAUCAUAAUCAACCCCGAAAGGGGUCUUCAAGCUUCCAUUCAAUUUUCCGAUGUAGUCCAAGACCUGAACCCAGACCUCAAGGUUGCAUCUGCUACGAGCCAGUGCCCGGGCACUCAGCUGUGGACCAUUGAGGCACCCAUCGAAGCUGCUAAGGAUGAGGUAUCCGCUUAUGCCAAUUUCAGAGUCGGUGUUCCUUGGGGAGGCUUCCUAGGAUGGUUCUCCCUUGUUCGUAUUUGGACGCCAUGGCUCGCUCCGCGUCAUGGCAAGACUGAUUUUAGUCUUGAUAAAGAUGCGGUCAUGGUAGCAUUCCUUAGUCCCACGGGCAAACACCUAGUGCUGCUUGCUGUGAGCGGCGUCAAUGAUGUGGUAACAGUGAUACAGCACUCAGAAUCUGGACAACCUCAGAUCCACCUUCGUAACGAUGGCGAAAGCUCAACUUCUGGCAUAGUGCUGGCUGCAAUUGGUGACAAUUUUGAGAGCGCAUUAGCUGCUGUCAUUUACCACUCCAGAAGUGUCAUUCAAGCAGCGAAGCAAGUCAAUCACGAGCUCGAUGUCGAACUCAAAGCACUUCAGGAAGGUGUCAAACCUGAAUGGAUGGAGAACUGGUAUGAUGGUUUAGGUUAUUGCACGUGGAAUGCAUUAGGUCAAGAUUUGACGGACGAGAAGGUAUUCAAUGCUGUGGAUACCUUGGCGGAGAACAACAUCAAUGUUACCAGUCUCAUCAUUGAUGACAACUGGCAAGACAUCGACUAUACUAAUGAAAGCCAGUUUCAACGGGGUUGGAAGAGUUUCGAAGCUGAUCCCAAAACCUUCCCCAAGGGGCUCAAGGAAACGGUUAAGCAUAUUCGUUCAAAACACCAGAACAUCCAGCAUAUCGCUGUGUGGCACGCGCUAUUGGGCUACUGGGGCGGUAUUACGCCCGAUAGCAAGCUGGACCAGACCUACAAGACUGUUCUGGUGGAGCGGGAGGACUCUAAGAGGCGUAACCUGCCCCUUGGCGGCCCCAUGACGGUGAUUGCAAAAGAAGAUGUGGGCAGAUUCUACGAUGACUUUUAUCGAUUUCUCUCAGAUUGCGGUAUCGAUGGUGUCAAGACCGACGCGCAGUUCAUGAUUGACACCAUAGAAUCGGCAAAGCAUCGACGAGAAUUAACCAAUACCUACCUGGAUGCUUGGAUGAUCUCGUCACUCCGACAUUUCAGUAUCAAGGCCAUUUCAUGCAUGUCCCAGACACCACACAUUCUGUUCUACUCGCAGCUACCGCGAAACAGACCUGCUGUUCUAGUCAGAAAUUCUGACGAUUUCUUCCCCGCAAUUCCGAAGUCGCAUCCCUGGCACAUAUGGACAAACGCUCAUAACAGCUUGCUCACUCAGCAUCUGAACAUCCUACCCGAUUGGGACAUGUUUCAGACCAUCCACGACUAUUCUGGAUUCCAUGCAGCCGCUCGCUGCGUAAGUGGUGGACCCAUCUACAUCACCGAUACCCCCGGGCAACAUAACCUUGAUCUAAUCUACCAGAUGACUGGGCCAACACCCCAGGGCAAGACCGUCAUCUUCCGUCCGAGUGUACUCGGCCGUGCACUUGAUCAGUAUGUUGGAUAUGACGAUGACGCAAUCCUGAAAGUCGGGUGCUAUCACGGCCGGGCGGUAACUGGCGUGCCCAUACUUGGUGUGUUCAAUAUCUCAACACGCCCCCUGACAGAGCUCAUUCCGCUGUCGCGCUUCUUCGGUAUCACGCCUUCUGUGAACUAUGUCGUACGAGCACACAGCAGCGGCAUCGUGUCUCCUAUCGUCAAGCCUACGUCGGCAGCAGCGUUGAUUCCGGUCUCACUGGAAGAAAGGGGUUACGAUAUAUUCUCUGCCUUCCCACUGGAGCAAUUCACCAGCGAGAGCAUUGGCAGUGUCUACACGGCCAACGUAGGACUGAUUGGCAAGAUGACGGGCGCUGCGGCUAUCGUGACAAGUGAAUUCGAGCUGCUUUCUAACGGCCGUGUAUUCCUAGAUACAAGAAUCAAGGCGCUAGGUGUUCUUGGCAUUUACAUCUCCACGCUCCCUCAGAUGAGUCUUGAAAAUGAUUUCAUAGCCACCAUUCAAGGCCAGGCUAUUCCACCUGCGACGGUUUCCGUGAGCAAGACAGACAAGCACGUCUUGCAAAUCGAUGUAGAGGCAGCUUGGAAAGAGAUGGGGCUCAAAGCUGGGUGGAGUAAUGAGGUUGAAGUCAAGGUCUACUUUACUAUUGACCACUUUGAUGAUGAAGAAUAGAUAGCUGGGUGGCUGAAGACCAAGAAACAAAAUCGUAACAUAGACGUAAAGUACAAUUGAGUAGCCGAGAGCUGAGAGAUCCCGCUUAUGAAAAAGAUAUGUAACACUUUCCUAUUUGGCUGAAGUCCUACACCUGUGAGCAGGCAUCGGAACAAUUGCAAGCUAACCGAAGGGGCUUAAGCUUACCCCGCUGCUUGAUUUA